UUCUGAAAUCGACAUUAAAAUUCAAAGUGAAGAAAAUCUUAUCUACUAUAAUUCGUACGGUUUGCGUGCAAUUUAGUACACUAACGGAUUUGACAAGAGUGUUUGGUACUUGUGCUUGUAAAACACUCCUGACCCGAGAAAAUGAGAUAAAAUUUCGAUAUCUCGCGUAAAUUAAAGCCUACCGAACAAGUUGCUAAGUUUAACACGAUAUUAAGAAUCGAUGCUAGGCUUGCAUUAGCUUCCUUUUUAUUUUUGAAAUACGAACGUUGUAUUUAUAUACGAUAUGGUGUAAUGUUUCAAUCGAUAGCUGCGCAAAGAAAUUAGUGAGUGGAAUUUUACAAAGGAAAAUCUCACGUUUUAAUACCUUUCUAUAAUUCAAUAAUAAGUUCAUCGUUGCACUAUCUAUGCGAAGUCUUGUAACUGCAUGAAAUUGAAAAUGCUCAGUAAUUCGUACAACAUUUCAUGAGAUCACCGUUAAAGAAACGCCAGGUUUUGGUACCAUAGUAACGCCAAAAGAUAUUUGUCAUGGCCACACUUCGGAUAGCCAUUCUGGGAGAAUCAGGGGUAGGAAAAUCUGCCGUAACCGUGAGAUUUCUAACGAAAAGGUACAUCGGUGAAUACAACUCUGAGAUCGACUUGCUGUACCGUUCCAGCCUUAAACAGGAGGACAGUUUGACUGACAUUGAAAUACUGGAUACAUCGUCGAAAAAGAGCCCGAUGCCUCUCGAGUCGCACGUGCAGUGGGCGGACGGGUUCGUGGUGGUGUACGACGUCUGCCGGAGAAUGACGUUCAAGAUGGCGCGCCGGACGCUCGAGUGCCUCCACAAGAUGCGCACGUCGUUCAUUGUUCCGGUGGCGCUCAUGGCCAACAAGAUUGACCUUGACCACCGGCGUAAGAUUGGUGUAGACGAAGGUCACGAGCUCGCUCUUGAGUUCGGCUGCCAAUUCUACGAGGUGUCGGCUGCGGAGACGUUUCAGUCGAUCAACAUCGCGUUCCAGGCGUUGCUACGCGACGCCAUGAUCACUAAGCAACAGCGCUCCACCAUCCUUAGGCGGCGUCGCAGCUCGCUGCUGACCGUGUCGAAGAAACUGGGCUCCAUAUUUGGAAAGAAGGACCACGAAGUGGAAAAGAAACGUCCCUCGUGCGAUGCUCUGCCGGAUUUUGCGCUGUCCAUUUGACUGUACCGGAUUUAGCGAUGUCAAUUUGAAUGCACCGGAUUGUGCGCUGUUCAUUUGGCUGAACCGGAUUUUGCUUUGUCCAUUUGACUGUACGGUGAAAGUGACGAUCUGCGGUUGACCUAGUUGAUUUAAUAAAUGAAAUGUGGUACAAAGAAAUGUGCUCGAUGAAGAGUAGAUACGUUUAGAUCAAGGAUUGAGUGACCAUUUGGCUGACUCAAUUGAUUGUCCGAUUAUAGAUGAUCGCAACGAUUGACGUUAGAUUAUAAUUGUGAUUUGGAUGUAAGAAGUUUAAGUCAUGCAAAAGUAUUUUGCACGGGUAAGAGUGAAAUACUCAUUUUAAAGAGUUCAUACUUUUGUAUUUGCGUAAUUCAUUUACAUGCAUAUGCAUAAAUACGUUUUAAUGCAGAUGCCAUAAAGUGAGCACAGGCAGUCUAUUAACGUGGUACGUGUACGUUUUUGUCGUUUGAAUCGUUUCGAUUGAGACUCUUAAAAUCGCGCUCCUUGAGAACGCUUUGAAAAUUUUCUUGCGCCCGAAAAAGCGUUUUAUUUAAUGAAAUACUUGUUUUUAAAAUCACACGUGGCUGUGGCAUCCCAAAUUUUGCAAUACUCUAUGACAAAUACAUUCACUACGUCCUAUAAAAAUUAAUGCGGUCUUACAAUAUAAUUGUGGUGUUAAAACUAAUUUAUGAUGUUAUAAAAUUAUCCGAAAAAAUAGAAGUGUUGUUGAAAGAAUAUUUAUGCUUUAAAAAUAUGUGUGCUUUGUAAAACAUAUAUACUAAG